AUGAAGUAUUUGCAGAAAAAGGGCUUGGCCUCAAAGGACAUUCAUGCUGACAUGGUUGCUACAUUAUCGACCGUGCAAAAGUGGCCAGCUGAAUUUAGGAGGGAAAGGGAGAGUCUUAAAGGUGAUCCAAGGUCUGGACAUCCUCCCCCAACUGCUAUCACCGUGGAAAACAUUGAUCGUAUUCAGUACAUGGUGAUGCUGAUGAAUGACAGGAGAUUGACUAUAAAUCAAAUAGCCAAUGUUAGCAUAUUCCGUGAGGAAGUUGAGAAUAUUCUGCACAAUGAACUUGGCAUGACGAAGAUUUCUGCUUGGUGGGUACUACGUUUUCUGACACCUGAUCAAAAGCGUACCAGGCUGAUCACAUCCAGGGAACAUCUGACAAUGUCUCAGGCAGAUCCAGAUGGUUUCUUUGAACGUUUCCUAACCCAGGACGAGUGUUGGAUUCAUCAGUUUGAGCCAGAGACAAUCCAUGUAGUGGAAACCCCGCCAGCCAGCUUCAACGAAGGUCAAGGACGUUUCAUCGGCAGGGAAGCUGAUGGCCUCAGAUUUUGGGGGGAUGCAGAAAGGCAUUGUGUUUAUUGA